AUGAGUUAUUUCAUUGUUUCGCUCGUGGUAAUCACAACAAUUACUUUAUCUUCAUCCCAAGCAUUCAGAGAAGUAGUUGAUUGUGAGAAAAUAACAAUAAACAGAUGUUACAUUGGGAGUGAAAGAAUCUUCUCAAGCGAAUUCAUUUUCCUGAGAAAGCAUGAGAACAUCGUUUCUAUCGAUAUGAAUGAUAAUAAGAACAUUCGAUAUUUACCGAUCAAUACAGCUGAGAUGUUUCCUAAUUUAAUAGUUUAUCAAGGUUCUCGUUGUAGCAUCAAAGCAAUACAUAAGAUUAACUUUCAGAACUUGACAAAGACGGAAACACUCGCUCUACCUUUCAACUACAUCGAGACAAUCGAAGGAAACACUUUUGAAGAAAUGAUUUCAUUGACACAUCUCGAUUUACAAAAUAAUCGAAUUAAACAUAUGAACGGACGAGCUUUGGAUGUCAUAAUAAACGUGCAACGUGUCAUAUUAAUAAACAAUAUUUGUAUUGACAAAGACUUUGACGAUGACAACGGAUCGAGACCUGAAGUUAUAGCAGAAAUGCCUUCGAUUGUACAAGAAAAUUGUGGCUUUUGUGACAUGACUGACAUCUUAAGUCAUUGUGAUGUUAUAAACAACUUUAAAAGUACAAUUCGAUUAAUGUUACGAAGCUUUCAGAUUCGUAAUCAAUUAACCGCUGACACUAAAAUAGUUUCAGAAACAAGCCACGAGGGCGAAGAACCAGGAAAUAAAACUUGCGAAGCAGAAGACAUGAUAAAAAGUUUCAUGCAUCAAUUGUGA